AAAGCAUCAAUUUUUGUGCCAACCAUCGGAAAGGUGACCACCACCAUGUUACAACGAAAUUUACUUCGACUUUAUAAAUAUCGUACAUAUGGUCGAUAUAGCAAUGGAACAAUGUAAAUCACAAUGUAGACAAUGAUUAUCAUAUUGUUUUUUUCGCUUUUAAAAUUAAAAUUAAAAAACAUUUUAAAUUCCUUAAAAAAAAUGAAUAAAAAAAAAUUUUAAUUUUUCUAAGUGUUCAAACAAUACAAAAUAAUCAUUGCAUUUAUGAACGGUUAACAAAAUUGCCGCAUGCGGAUUCUUUUGAUCACAUGUUUAAAAAAGAAUUUUGAAUUUUUUUUAUUUUAAAUUUUGUGAAUUUAAUUAUCAAAAUAUGAUUACCGUCGGUUAUUCUUGUAAUUAUAUCGAUAAUAUUAAAAUUUCUCUGGAUAAAUACAAUGAAUAUGGUUUCGAUUAUAUUGUCGCUCCGGUGAUUCAUCCUAAAUGUUCGGAAUUUAUUCCAUUCAGCGAAGUAUUUCUCGAUGGCAAAGAUCGCAACAAAAUUGUCAUCAACAUACCGAAACGUGAUUUUCGAAUUCAACGAAAUAUCCGUUUGUUAGAAAAAGAAUUAAAUUUUGCUGGACAUGCUGGAAUACAGAACAUUAUUUUAGAAUGUCCAGAAGAUCAUGAAUCUAUUGAAAAUAUGGCCACGAUAAUCAAUCGAAAAUUGAAUCCACAAUCAGAAACAAAUGAUCAUCAUAGUUUAGCUAUAUCGAUUAAAUUGUCAAUGGCAAAUAUCAAAAUGCAAACACAAGAACUACGAAAAGAUCCAAUAUACAUUGAUGAUGAUUAUGAAUGGAAAAAAUGGAAUCAUCUGCGAAAGAUAAUGCAAUUCCAUCCUAAUAUAUCGAUUGCAUUAGAAGUGAACGGUGAAUUACUUGAUACCGAUAGAUUGGACAGAUGGCUAGGUGAACCAAUUAAAUUCAUUAUAUUACCUACAUCUGUAUUUCUGACGAAUUCAUCGAAAUUUCCGGUUUUGAGCAAAGUUAUGCAAUUAUUUAUGGGACAAAUUAAUUUCAAAAUGGCUAGCAAUUUUUCCAUCAUUAUCAAAGGAAAUAAUCUUCAUGGUCAUAUAAAAAAUUAUUGCCAAUAUAUUGGACAUUUGCAAAAGACGGAAAUUUUUUCUGAUAAAUUGCAAAAAUUUUGUCAAUACUAUGAAGAUUUAUUACAAUAUCCUUUGCAGCCAUUAAAAGAUGAUCUAGAUUCAUCUGUUUACGAAGUAUUUGAAACCGACAUUAUUAAAUAUCAACAAUAUGAAAAAGCUAUUGAACAAGCUUUGAUGGAUAUCCAAAAAGAUGUUAUAAUUGCUAUGGUAGUUGGAGCUGGCCGUGGUCCUUUAGUAGAUAAAGCAUUAAGAGCAGCUCAUUCGGUGGAUAAAUUCAUACGAAUAUAUGCUGUUGAAAAAAAUCCAAAUGCCAUUAUUACUUUGGAAAUGUUAAAAGAUCUGAAAUGGGGUGGCUAUCUAGGAUUAUCACAUGGUUAUGUUGAAAUUGUUAGUAGUGAUAUGCGUUAUUGGUCGGCACCAGAACGAGCUGAUCUAAUUAUUUCUGAAUUACUUGGAUCAUUUGGUGAUAAUGAAUUAAGUCCCGAAUGUUUGGAUGGUGUGUGGAACUAUGUUAGUAAAGAUGCAAUCUGUAUACCACAAUCUUAUACAUCAUAUUUAUGUCCUGUUCAAUCACAACGAUUAUAUUCACAAUUAUCAUUGGAUAGACGAACAAAUGUUAAUGCUUAUGAAUAUGCUUAUGUUGUACAUAUUCGAAAUGCAUAUCUUAUCGAUAAACCAAAACAAGUAUUCACAUUUGAACAUCGUCGUGGUGACCUUCAUAGACCACCAUCAACACGUGAUAAUAAUCGUAAAAAACGACUGACAUUUCAUUCGAAAAUACCAACAAUAUGUCAUGGUUUUGUUGGUUAUUUUGAUUGCUGUCUCUAUGGUAAUCACCGUUUAUCAAUUGUACCAUCGACACAAAACUCUAAUAUGUAUAGCUGGUUUCCGAUCUAUUUUCCAUUACAUACACCAUUCGAUGUUAGUGGCCACGAUGAUGAUGAUGAUGAUGAUGAUGAUGGAAAAAUUGAAAUUCAAAUUACACGAAAUGUGAAUGACAUACAUGUUUGGUAUGAAUGGACAAUUUCUCAUCCAAUACAAUCACCAAUACAUAACCUGAAUGGUAAACAUUAUUCUAUUAGUUUACAUUGAAUGAAUUUCAUUUGUCAAUCAUCAUCAUCAUCAUCAUUUAUUCAUUCAUGAUGACAGAUUUAGUUCAAUUCACAUUUGUAUUUGAAAAAUCAAAAAAUUUUCAUCAUUUCAAAUUAAUAAAUUGAUCAAUGUGUGUGUGUGUGU